AGUUAGCGGUUCAAGUCCGUUCUCACUUUCCCCUUCAAAAGCACUUGCUACAACAACAAAUUCUUUAACUCCAGCAAACCCCAAAGUAAAACCUCAAACCUAAGCACUCAUAUGGCUGCUUUGCCUCAAAUUCCAAUAGAACAAUGCCAGUUAAAGAUUUUGUGUGGCAGCAAUACUAUUUCGACUCCUCAAGUUCCAAAUUAUUCACAGCGUGGAUUAACUGGUUCUAAUUCGUUAAAGUUUUCACCUUUUAAAGUUAAUCAUGGGAAAAAAUUGUGGUGUAGGUCAUUUAGGUGUAAGGUUUUGGGGGAAACAGAUGAUGUGAGUUUUGAAGUGAGUAGUGCUGUUAAAGACGAUUUAUUUGUUGGGUUUUUCAGAGAAGCAUGGCCGUAUUUUCUUGCACAUCGAGGAAGCACGUUUGUUGUUUUAAUCUCAGCUGAAAUUGUUGAUAGCCCUCAUUUGGAUCAUCUUCUCAUGGACAUUUCCCUACUUCAUGGUCUGGGAAUCAAAUUUGUUCUUGUACCAGGAACUCAUGUUCAGAUUGACCGGCUUCUUGCUGAAAGGGGAAGUGAGGCCAAGUAUGUAGGCCGCUACAGAAUUACAGACACCGAUUCACUCGAGGCAGCUAUGGAUACAUCUGGAAGAAUUCGUCUUUUGAUAGAGGCAAAGUUAUCACCUGGCCCUUCAUUGACUGGUAUCCGCCGGCACGGAGAAAAUAGUCGCUGGCAUGAUAGUGUUGGCGUCGCCGGUGGUAAUUUUCUAUCAGCAAAGAAAAGAGGAGUUGUCGAAGGAAUCGAUUAUGCUUCAACUGGUGAAGUAAAGAAGAUAGAUGUUUCUCGAAUUCGUGAGAGGCUUGAUCAGGAUUCCAUUGUGCUAUUGAGCAAUCUUGGCUAUUCCAGCUCUGGAGAAGUAUUAAACUGCAACACAUAUGAAGUUGCGACAGCUUGUGCCUUGGCUCUAGGAGCAGAAAAACUAAUUUGUAUUAUAGACGGCCCAAUUCUUGAUGAGUCUAGCCGUCUGAUUCGUUUCUUAACUCUUCAAGAUGCUGAUAUGCUGGUCCGCAAACGAGCUGAGCAAAGUGAGACUGCUGCUAAUUAUGUAAAAGCUGUUAGUCAGGAGGACUUCAAUCGUUUAGGUUACAAUGGUUACAACGGAUCGCUCCCUUCCCAAAAUGGCAAUGGUUAUAGCCGAAGAUACAAUCCUACAUUUCAGAAUGGCAUUGGUUUUGACAAUGGUAAUGGGCUUUGGUCUAGUGAACAAGGUUUUGCAAUUGGAGGACAAGAGAAACUAAGUCGGUCAAAUGGUUAUCUCUCAGAAUUAGCUGCUGCUGCUUUUGUUUGCCGAGGAGGUGUUCAAAGAGUGCACCUGCUGGAUGGCACUAUUGGUGGAGUUUUACUAAAGGAAUUGUUCCAAAGAGAUGGAGUUGGGACAAUGGUUGCUAGCGAUCUUUACGAAGGAGCACGGAUGGCGAGGGUGUCAGAUAUUCCUGGAAUAAAGCAGUUGUUACAACCGCUAGAAGAGUCUGGAACAUUGAUCAGGAGGACUGAGGAAGAGCUAGCGAAAGCGCUGCACUCAUUCAUUAUUGUGGAGAGAGAGGGCCACAUUAUAGCUUGUGCGGCUCUCUUUCCUUACUUUGAAGAAAAAUGCGGGGAGGUUGCUGCUAUUGCUGUUUCUCCUGAUUGUCGUGGCCAAGGACAGGGAGACAAGAUACUCGAUUAUAUUGAAAAGAAGGCAUCUUCCCUUGGAUUGCAAAUGCUUUUCCUACUAACUACUCGCACAGCUGAUUGGUUUGUGAGGCGUGGCUUUUCCGAAUGCUCCAUAGAUCAUAUACCAGAGCAAAGAAGGAAAACGAUCAAUCUCGCCCGUAGAUCAAAAUAUUAUAUGAAGAAGCUGCUACCCGAUAAGAGUGGUAUACGUAUCGAUUGCACAUUUGCAUAGGAAUUGAAAGUUUUUCAUCUGUCUGUGUAGCUCUGCAACAGGUUCAUAUUUAUUUAGUGGAGUGGAUAAUCAUUACAUUCAAUAGAGUCCAGUGGUAUAGCAGGGGUCUCUCACACAUAAGUGUUGGCUCAGUUCUCACUAUCCAAUUUCUCCUUUCCCUUCCAUGACCCCAAUGUUCAUUCUGCAACGGUGGCGCAACAGAAUGAUUGGAAGUGAGAUGGAGAAUCAACCAAUUGUUCCUGACAACUGAAGUCAAUUAUAUAGGCGGAAGAUUGAUCUUUGCUGCAAUUUUCUUUGCGAGGAAGUGUGGUGGAUUUGGGAGUGGGCAUGGAAGAGAUAUGUAUGCUACAUAAUCUAAGUUAAUUGAUCUCAAUUUACUGACAGUCAUCGUUUUCUUUUCUGGUGUUUGAUGACUGGCUUCUCCCACGCCAAAUGCGUAAGUCUAAUAGUGCUUUGGAUCUUAAUUAAAGCUCUAAGUUUUGGCUCCUAUUUGAUUCCGACAAAUAAUUAACAAGCUUGAGAGCUUUCAUUCUUUCUUCAA